AUGUCUAAUCCUGUUCAACAUGACUUUCUUACCAAAUUAGCCUUGGAUUUGGAUAGAGUGAGUUUACUUUUGUUUAAUUUGUUUUGAUUUUGGAAAAUUAGGUAUAUGUUUUACUAUUUUAGGUAUAUUUUGGGUAACACAGAAGUCAUUAUCUAUAUAGGUCUAACUUUAUCAGUUAUGUAAACAGAUAGAUUGUAUAAAGCUUAUUGUUGCAAAUAUAAAAUUUUAUUAAAUUGAAGUUACUUUAGAGGUUGCGCUCUCACAGUUUGAUAGAUAUACCUAGAGGGUGGAACUGGAAGGUGUACUGGUUCAGCGUCCAUAUUCAUGUAGCGUUAACCUCCGUUCUGUUGGUGUUGGGAGUGUCAUGCUUUUGUACAGGAGUUCAACAGUCCUACUUGUACCAAUUUGUAAAUUGUUCUGAUGGCGUGAGUAUCGCUGCUCCUAUGGCUAAUAUAGUAAGUUUUUACAUUGUUUCUUACAGUAUUGUGCUAAGAAUGUAAGGGUAUAGAAAGCAUAAAACUAUUCUAUUAUUUUUAAAUAGGUUUUUACUGUGAAAAGUCUUAUUUUUAUAUAGUCAGAAAUGAAAUUUAGGUAACAAUUUUUUACUUAAAUUUAUUACCGGGUUUUAAAAUUGUUACCUAAAAUGAAGUUUUAGUUUGUUGUAUACUUCUCCUUGGUGGCCAUAAAACAACAAAAUGACUACUGGGCGGCGUUCCAACAGUUUGUGAUCACGGUGACGGUGUUCUUGAUGAACAUAUUCUUCUUCGUCAACCAACUUCUGAUGGGGUUCAGAUGGGCAUACGAACGGCCGAGGUUUCAACAGAAUUGGCCGCUCCACUUUGCUACUGUCGACUUUCUGAUAGCUGGGGUGUUGCUUCUAAUAGGUAGGGGAAUCUUUGUUUAGGGUAGGCUUUUAUGGUUUUAGACAUGUAGUAUAUGUUAUACAACCUGUUCUAAUGUCUAAAGUAAUAACAGUUACACUAAAGGAUGUCAGGAUCUACUUUUUUGAAACUUUAAAUGAAAUUAAGUGCUUCAGAAGUCACGUGUGCUGCUACAAUAGUGGAAUAUGUUCUUUUGAUCACAAACUGGGCUUCUUGGCAACAACAAGCUCAACGUAACAUAGCACGAUCUAGAGAGAACCGAGACUUAAUAGCACAAAACUUACAGUAA